AAGCCUUAAAGUGACGACAAACGCUGAAGCUAAACAUGUCGGAAAUACUGCAAAUUAACAAUUCGGAUUCAGGCUUUAUUACAGCUAAUGUCUCGAAUUCUCAUAAUGAUACCGUGGCCUUUGAGAUCAAGUUUGCCAAGGACUUAACCAUCUCUCAGCUAAAGAGUAAAUUGGAAAUCUUAACCGGCGGAAAUGCUGGCACCAUGAAAGUAGAGUUGUAUAAGGGAGACAAUUUCGUGACAACGCUAAGCGACAACGAUGCCAAGCUGGGUUUCUAUAUCAAUUGUGAUGGCAUGCGACUGCAUGUUAUUGACAAUUUUGCAAACUUCACAUUUGAUACAGAGACGGUUGAAAAAUUUGAGCUUUCAAAUGAUCAAUACGAGCAACGAUCGGAUUCUGUGCGGAGUUUCUUAAAGCAAAAUCGACUGGGCAAAUACAACGAGGAGGAAAGACAGCAAAUGGAAAUCAAACGGCGUGAGCAGGCUGCAGAAAUACAAAGACGUGCAGAUCUUUGUGUUGUAGGCAGUCGUUGCCAGGUGAGUGUGUCAGGAAAUCCUACACGUCGGGGUACUGUAAUGUACAAUGGGCAACUUGAGGGUAAAAAUGGCAUAUAUAUUGGUGUCCAAUAUGAUGAGCCGUUGGGCAAGAAUAACGGAAGUGUUGACGGCAAAUCCUAUUUUAUCUGUCAACCAAAUUAUGGUGGCUUUGUCUCACCUCUCUCCGUGGAAGUGGGUGAUUUUCCAGCUGAAACCUUUGAUCUUGACGAUGAGCUCUAAUCGAAAACAGAUUUUCUUGAAGAGAUUCCAUUUAAUUUAUGCAUAAUUAAAAUCUUUAAUUUACUCAUAA